AUGGUCAACUUUGAUGGACAAGAUCUUGACCCAAGGGAUGUUUUAGAUGUGACUGAACAAAAGAAAGAAACACAAAAAUUUCAAGACUUAAGUGAUGCAAUGAAUAAAAAAUAUGAUAAAUCAAAAGUUAAUAUUGUGGAUGAUGCUGAUGAUGUUAACCCCCAAAAAUUUAUUUAUUAUGAAUUUUAUGAACAAACAGAUCAUAUUGGAGCCGAAUAUAAAGCACAAGUUGUUGUUGUUAAUGAAGAAGACUUUUUAAACCAAAGUAGUGAUAGUUAUGAUUCUGAAGAUUCAAAUGAUGAAAAUAAUCCAAACAAUAGUUAUCCAACAACUCCAUCAUCUGAAUAUUCUGAAGAUGAAGAUGAUGAGUUUUAUGGAGACUAUUCUAUUUCUGUUGAAUAUGAUGAAAGAGAUAAUGAAGAAUUUUAUGAUAGUAGUGAAACAAAAUAUGGCAUGGAAGAAGAUUGA